UAGAAAAUGUUGCAGUGAAGACUCUGGAAUGAGAUGAGAUCAGAGCUGAGCCUGUCUUUUGUGGCCGGCACAAUGAUCCCCGAGCCAGAUUGGAUUAGGAAACCUCUCGACUAGGGCUUCGGAGCGAGGCCCCAAGCCCCCAGCACUUUGGGGAGAGACGGCAGACACGAUGCAUCAGAUUUACAGCUGCAGUGAUGAGAAUAUAGAAGUUUUCACCACCGUGAUUCCUUCCAAGGCAUCCAGCCCAGCCAGAAGAAGAGUCAAAAGCUCGCAACACCUCUUGGCCAAGAAUGUGGUGAUAGAGUCGGAUCUCUACGCGCCUCGGCCCUUGGAGCUGUUGCCCCAUCGCAGUGACCGCCUCCAGGGCCGCGACGGCGAGGCCCGCAGGUUUGGCAGGCUCCAGAACGCACGGCAGCAAGGACCCCAUGCCGCCAAGACCCCCGCCAGACCCAUGGGGCUUUCCGAUCCCAAAUCAUCCAGUCUGUGUGGGAGCCGAGCAUAUGGGAAGUCUUUGAUUCCCCCCGUUCCCAGGAUUUCAGUAAAAGCCCCUGCGGCAGUGGAGGCGGCAGCCACAGGCUCUGAGAAGAGUGCUGUGAUGACAAAGGGCUCCAGACAUCUCAAGAAGAUGGCUGAAGAGUAUCCAGCCCUUCCCCAAGGAGCAGAAGCCUCCCUACCACUGACAGGAAGUGCUUCCUGCGGUGUCCCCAGCAUCCUCCGGAAAAUGUGGAUGAAGCACAAGAAGAAAUCUGAAUACGUGGGAGCUACCAACAGUGCCUUUGAGGCCGACUGAAGGUGACCCUCCCCAAUUGCCUUGCAUUGGCCAAGGUUCACUGGACAAGGGGAGAAAACCUGAGGAUGGGUACAGAGCCACGUUCACCUUUGCUAGUAGCUGAUCGGAACAUUAUCCUCCCUUACCAACCAAUUGCCCUGGCUUAGGGCACAGGAAAGGAGUUUCCCUCGGAGGCAAAAUGAAACUAGUCCUUCUUAGAAUUGCUAAAGCUAUGGGUCUGAAAGUGACUUUGAGAGGUCAUAAAUUUAUAUUCCUAUCUUUAAGCAAAACCAUACCAAAAUCAAACUUGCCUAACCCAUUUUAAAGACCUUUAAGGAAGAAAGGAGGAAAUCCCUCUGUCUUCCUUGUGAGUUGCUCUAAUGGGAAUGCUUUCUGAUGUAAAUGUAAGAGCUUGAUGUUUGAGGCAACUGUAAACACAACGGUUCCUACUAUUCCUGUUAUCACACUUAUUUCACUUUCAUGACGUAUGAUUUUUACUGACAAUGCAUUACAUAUUUAGUAGUUCUAAUACCCACUAGAGAGUGUCAUCAAGAUCAGUUUUGAUACU